UUUACUUUACCUGCUAUUUCAACACUCGCUUCCUGCUGAUACACUCGCUUAUUAGGAAGUGGAGGAGUUGAGUCUCGACGUUUUCACGAGCUGGACUUCACGUAAUCGAGAGGAAAAUGCUGCGCGUGAAGGUCGCAGCUCUGGACACGAGGGCGCAAUGACAUGUGCGCUGAUUUCCCUAAGGAUCAAAGUUAUAAAGCUACAACUUCAGCAUGUCCUCGACAACGGUCAGAGUCUGUCUACAGCUUUUACUUCUGUCAUGCAUCGUCUCCGCUGUAUCAGGGGUCCAGAAGCUAAACAUCACCCCUGACAGAGGGACCACCUUCAACAUCAGCAGUACUCAGGUCAAAGGUUGUCAGGUGUGUACAGGGUCAGGGCGUUCACGGCGAUGUAGUACCUCUCUGCUGUUAAAAGACAGCACUCCUGUCUCAGUGGAGUUUGAUUGCUCCAGACCUCAAGAUGUAUUCAGGGUGGAAAUUAGCCGCAAAAUAGAAUGUACCACAAAGUCGUGCAAUGGGCACGUCAUCCAGGCUGACUACGGCUCGCUUCCCUUGCUGGAUUUUAACCGCAAGUUCACCUGGAACCUGAAGGCAUCAGCACCAAAAGCGUUCAAAAUAGACUUUACUAAGGCUGGUCUGAGACAAAUUAGUCCGUCUGAGAGAUGUCCAGACAGACACAGCUACACCCUCCAUGCUCUCCAGACUACAGGGAACGCUGCCGUAGGGAAAUACUGCGGGACGGGCCCAAUCAGUAGCGCUCAGAUACUGAAUCUGGGCAGCUUUUCUCUGGAGGUCCCAGCAGGGCAGAGGCUGCAAAAUGGCCAGUUUGAUGUGUCUGUCGGGGAGGAAAUCAAGUCCCUUGCCAGAAUUACACUGACAUUACCAAAAGGGGCCUCGUCCACAGAGCUGCUGUCUCCAAACUACCCGGACAGUUUUCCCGACGACGACGUGAUGGAGUGGUACUUUCAGGUCCCGAACAAACACAAGACCGGCAUUCAGUUCCUAAACCUCACGCAGCCGAGUUGUCUGAAGAAGGAGACUGCGGCGGAGUACCACACCAAAGGGAGACAGGCGUUGGUGCUGAGUCUGACAGAGCCCCAGCCGGACCGGUUUCAGGGGAACUUCUCCCUGACGCUGAGGAAUUGUGAGAUGGACAGAAGACAAGCUGGAUCUCCUGGACUCUCACUAAAUGUCCGGGUGUCCACUUCAAGUACAAGUUCACCAGUGUUGUGUAAAGUGGACCUGCGCGAAGUGGAUGGCCUCUCUUUGUACAUCGAGAAGUUGAGACCGGACUCUGACUGCGAGAUGAAAAUAAACUCUGUGACGAUGGAGAAGAUCACAGUCACGGCAAACAGUGACCUGUCUUUCCAGGACUGUCUUCCUGAAGACUUACAAGUCACUGCCAUGAAAGUCAUAGGGUGUAGUCAACUCCAAGACUGCCCAAAGACACCAGUCCGCCUCUCACUGCCUGCGCUGCCGAGCUGCCUCCCCGCCCCUCUGAGGAGUGCGACCUGGAUCCUCCAUCCUCCCGUGCAGGGCACCGUGGAGCUGACUUCUCCCUCUGGGCCACUCAAGCAGUCCCUGCCCGGACAGCCGUGCAACGACAGCAUCUUGAUCAAUGUGGCCGAGGAUGACGGCACUGCUAUCGGACACUUCUGCCCCCAGGGAGCCAUACAGAAGAUCCAAAUCCACACCAACAUGUCUGUCACUGUGUCCAGCAUGGGGGGUAGAGCGCUGAAGACGUGUUACAAGAACGUGCUGGACGCCUGUUUUAAAGAGGAGAUAUCAGAAAGAUACAUAUUCACUGUGUCUUCAAAGAAAGACACCCCCGUCCUUCUGGCUACUCCCGGUUGGCCAGUGGGAAUGCAGUCUUACUCCACCGUCUCCUGGAUUGUCUCCGUCCCCCCGAAGAUGGAGGCGCACCUGAUGUUCACCAACAUCAGCCAGCCCAAGUGCAGCAACCGCCACACCAACAUCAGGGUGCAGAGGGUCGGCAGCCUGGAGGAGGAAUACAGCCGUAGGGAGGACGAGGACGCCGGCAGGGAGCUCGUCGUCUCUGACAGUUUCUACCUCAACAUGUCCAACUGUAUGCCCGAGAGAGGACACUUCAGCGUCAUCACCAAGAUCACCCUGCAGGAGAGCAAGAACCUUCUGCUGACGAUCAUCCUGAGUGUGGUGGCUGCUCUGUUGGCCAUUUUUGUCAUUGUGCUGGUAGUGGUCUGUGUAGUGGUUAGGAAGAAGAAGAAGCAGCUGAAUCAUCAGGUGUCCAUCUACAAUCCAAACGGCACCAGCUUCCUGCCUGGACAAAACAGGUUCCCUAAAACGCGGGAAGACAACGAGUCCCAUGUGUACGCCUCCAUCGAGGACACGCUGGUCUACACGCACUUGCUGAGGAAGGGUAUGGAGAUUGGCGUCUAUGGAGAAUCUGACACGCACCGGCCCUUCACGGGACACACAGACUCACAAAAGCCGCUGGUCUCCAAAUACUCUGAUGGAGACGGCAUGGAGGUCGAUACUUAUCGCUCGUUUCAGUACUCAUCUCAGCAGGCGCCUCCGCUUCCCAACAGGCCUGCAAGCCUACCACUGGUGGACAAUGAUAUUUACCAGAGUGAGGACCAAAGGGAGGAGGAGCGGUCUCUGAAUCUGGGGGAGAGGCAGGAGCCAGAGGGAGGGAACUGAGGAGAAGAUUGGAUUCAGCUUUGACCCACUUGAACUUUGAGAUAUUCAUUCCCUGGCGUCUGUGUGAUUACCUGCUGUUCAGCCUUGAAAGAAGCCUCUUUUUUUUCCUUCUUCUCUUGAGCGUAGUUUUGCACCAAAGCCAGGCACACAAAAUAACCCUGUUCAAACUUGCCUGCUGCUGUUACCUUGUUCUUAGAUGAAGACGCAUUUGUUUUGAAAGCAGUCCUUAAUCAUUCCCUUUAUACCAGUUUUUGCCACUAUAAAGCAAUUUUCCGCUUUUAGGCGAUGACUGUUUUUCAUUUUGAGAUAUUUUAUAUGUGUACUUUUGUACUUAUUGUGGAUGUUUGUACAGGAGCAAACCUGUGUGCUGUUUACAUGCUGUUUUUUUAUUUUUAUCAUUAAACCACUGAACAGAGAGGACUCCACUGCUGUUGCAAUACAUUGCACUUGAUAGCAUCAUCAGCACAUGAUGGCCUGAUAAUGGCCUGUAUUGCAGGAGAUUGCAACAGCAGUGUAUGUGCAUGGAGUCCUCUCUGUGUAUUUUAUAUCACUGCUUUUUCACCUGCUAUAGAGACUUCUAAAUAUCAUUAGACCAUAAAUGUGCCUUACAGAGAGGGCAGUACACUCCUGCUAAUAUAGUUUAGGAUUUUAGAGUUGUUUUCAGCCAGGGAUGAAUAAAAAGUGUUUUUGUUCUGCUGCUAACCAAGCCAUCUUCUUCUCAGGUCCUACCAAAACUCUUUUUUUUUUUUCUUCUUGCGUAUCACGAUGGAUUAGAAUCACUAGCUAGCAAAUUUUACUUUACUAUUUGUUUCAAGGACCACAGACCUCUUCUGCUGGACUCCAGUUACAUAUAAUAAAAGGUCUUGCACACACUGAAGGGCAGUUAUCUCACAAAGAAACGUCAUCAUGUUUGUUAGCUGACUGAACUUUGUUAUUAAUUACAGGUAACUUCUAAAAGAGAGGCUGUACCAGAGCUAUAAUUUAACAUAAGUGUGGUGAGUGCCCAGGACCUUUUCAUGUGUCUGAGUCACUCGUUGUGUGAGAAUCUACAAACUGAUGCAGGAGGUCACGGAACAAACCAAGAACCAACUAAGUUACAUUCAACCAAGAUUUUGGUUUGUUUUUCAUUAACUUUUUACAGUUUACACAUUUUCUGGGAUUGUUAUCUUGAUGAAAUGGGAAAAAAAGCAUGCAACAUUUUAAAAAUAUUUAUGUAUAAAUUUGUAUUCAUUUUGACAUGAAGCUGACCCAGACGAUGCCAGAAAUUGAAUAGGCCUCAUUUGAGGAAUAAUGUGGUUGUAAAGUCACCUCCUGCAGUUCAGAAAAUGAACAGCAGAGGGGGACAAAAUUCGAAGUUGGAAAUAAAGUGUCUUUUGCUCACUGGUUUUAAAAGAA